CUCGGACGUCACCUUCCUGUACAAGCUGCGAGACGGACUGGCCUCUAAGUCGUGAGCAGCAUGCAAAGAAGUGUCGCAUGCACACAGAGACACUGACUCGCUUCCUCGCCUCUGGCUGGUGCGCUUCGUUUGGCUCCUUGCAGCUUCGGCAUUGUGAGUUGCUGGACCGGAAGUACGUAACACUUGCGACAUGGCUAAUCAUCCUCGCUUUCGUGCAGCACUGUGCUGCUCUCGCAGGGCUGCCGAGCUUGCUGCUCGUCAACGCUCAACAGAAGGCUGACGAGCUGGAGCGAUGGACGGAAGCACGUACAUCUACUUCGCGGAGCGUACGCGCGAGGUUCGCUGUCCGUGACGCUUUUCAGCUCGCGUUCGGGAAUGAGGCUGAGCUUCAAGCCAAGCUGAGCAGAGUCAAGCAGGCUGCAAGCGCUCUCGGCUUCUUCGAUCCACGAUCUGAUACGUAGUCUUUGCCUUGGGCUGUGGUCGAGAGAGUAUGUAUGAAUGCUGUCAAUCCCACGAGUCAGAUGUCUCUACGCCACGCCUCGACCAGCAAGGUCGGUGCACAACUUGUUUGCGUCACUACUAAGAUGUCACGCGGAAGAUGCUGGGUAGCCGCACACGUGAGCGUGAAUUGUCCUUCAA